AUCUGNUCCAUCAUAACACUCAUCUCGAUGCUGUUUCCGCCGGCAAACAAGCCCGACAUCUUGAGAUACGUCUCCUGGAAUGAGUUUUAUCACCAAAUGCUUGCAAAAGGAGAAGUCGAAUUGGUAGUAGUGAAACCAGAUUUAGAUCUGGUCACAAUCUACCUCUAUGAAGGUGCUGUGAUCCGCGGAAAAAAGGCGCCUUACCGGUCGUACCACAUGAACAUCGUCAAUGUGCCUACGUUUGAAGCUCGACUUCGAGAUGCUGAAGCUCGUCUCGGCAUUCGACCUGAUCAGAGUGUUCAGAUCAUUUACGAGCGUAACCAGGAGAACAUUUGGUUCGGCCUUAUGAUGAUCCUCGCGGCAGCGGCAGUGAUUUCCUUUCUCCUUCGAUCGGGCUCUGCUUCUAAAAGUUCAUUAAACACGAGCAUGUUUUCAAAUUUGCGUCGUGCCAAGUUUACCGUCAUUGACCCUCAUACUAGUGAGGGCCGAGGUGUCCGUUUCAAGGACGUCGCCGGAUUAAAAGAAGCAAAAGUCGAGAUUAUGGAGUUUGUUGAUUACCUUCAGGCACCGGAGAGAUUCAAGGAACUCGGUGCCAAAGUGCCAAAAGGUGUCUUACUUCUUGGACCCCCUGGAUGUGGAAAGACAAUGCUGGCAAAGGCGGUCGCAACGGAAGCAUCGGUGCCUUUUCUUGCAAUGAAUGGCUCAGAGUUCAUUGAAAUGAUUGGCGGUCUCGGGGCUGCUCGUGUGAGAGACCUCUUUGCUGAAGCCAGAAAAAGAGCCCCCUGUAUUGUCUACAUUGAUGAGAUUGACGCAAUUGGCAGAAAGAGAAGCGGUCAAGGAUUCUCUGGAUCAUCAGGCGAAGAGGAGCAAACUCUGAAUCAGCUUCUCGUUGAAAUGGACGGCAUGUCGCAACGAGAUAACAUCAGCAUUUUAGCCAGCACCAAUCGCGCCGACAUUCUCGAUCGAGCUCUCCUGCGUCCCGGCCGCUUCGACCGACACAUUCUCAUCGACUUUCCGACGCUUGAGGAGAGGAAGGAGAUCUUCAUUCAGCAUCUAAGUCCCAUCAAACUGGUGCACCCGCCGGAGCACUACGCCGGUCGACUGGCACAACUGACGCCAGGCUUCAGCGGGGCAGAUAUUGCCAAUGUGGCCAAUGAGGCGGCGCUGCACGCGGCGAGGAUCGGCAAGUCCGUCGUUGACUCUGAGAACCUGGAGGUGGCCGUGGAGCGGGUGGUCGGCGGUCCGGAGAAGCGGUCCGGGGUGAUGAGCGCCGCUGAGAAGAGGGUCAUCUCGUACCACGAGUGCGGCCAUGCGAUCAUCGGCUGGAUGCUCCCGCACACUGACGCACUGCUCAAGGUGUCUAUCGUCCCGCGGACGACCAACGUUCUCGGCUUUGCCCGCUAUCUGCCCACCGACCGGAAGCUCUACUCAGAGGAGGAGCUCUUUCAGCGAAUGUGCAUGGCACUGGGUGGGCGGGUGGCCGAGGCGCUGACCUUCAAUCACGUCAGCUCGGGGGCGCAAAAUGACCUGGAGAAGGUGACCAAGCUGGCCUACUCGAUCAUUCAGGUGUACGGCAUGGACCCGGUGGUGGGACAGCUCUCCUUUGACUACGAGGAGAACAAGUUUGCGAAGAAGCCGUUCAGCAAGAAGCUGGCCAAUACGAUUGACAAUCAGGCGAGACUGCUGGUGGGAAAGGCGUACAAGGAGACGGAGGAGAUUCUGAAGCAGCACAAGGACAAGCUGAAGCUAAUGGCAGAGGCGCUGCUGCAGAAAGAGGUGCUCAACUACAAGGACAUUGAGGCGCUCAUUGGGCCAAUGCCGCACGGGAAGAAGUCCCUCGUGGAGGUCUUUGAUCUAAGCGGACUGAUUGAUGAGGGCGUUGAGAAGAGAGGAAGUGCAAAGAGGGACAACGAGGAGUCGAAUGGGCCAAAGGAGCAGAGACGGGAAGGCGAUGAGGAUGGCGAAGACAAGACAAAAGGAGGCGGCCCGAAUACGUGGACUUCUAAAAU